UCACUUCAGAUGCUCCACUCGUGAACGAUGGAUCUUCUGGCAAAUGUCUGGCGUUCGAUGGAACAGGACCCCCGACUCAAGGGACGGCCCUUGAUCGACAAUCCGGUGCCGGUUUUCGGCAUCAUUGUUGGCUACCUGCUCUUUGUGCUCAAGGUCGGACCUAACAUGAUGCGGGACCGAAAACCGAUGAACGUCAAGAACUUUGCCAGGAUCUUCAAUUUAUACCAAGUUCUUAUCAGCUCGUGGACUGUUUACACUGUUUGUGUAUGCUGUUGGAAGCUGAGCAUCGGCUACGGCGAGCCGCCCAACGUCAAAACCGAUCCGUUGACGAUGCGAUUGAUCGACUGCCUCUACAUCUAUCUCUUCGUGAGGAUAAGUGACCUCGUCGACACGGUUCUGUUUGUACUCUCCGGGAAACAGAGUCACGUGAGUGGACUUCACGUAUAUCAUCACGUAGCAGUCGUAUUCAACAUGUGGUUGUAUCUGCGACAGAACUGGCUCUACUUCGCUCUGCCGGGGCUGGUCAUGAAUGCCGGCGUGCACGUUAUCAUGUACUCGUAUUACUUCCUCGCCACGUUCCCUCCGAUGAGACCGUAUCUCUGGUGGAAGAAACAUCUCACGAUGCUCCAGAUCGUGCAGUUCGUCUGCAUGCUGCUCCUGAUGGCCGGAGUCUUCUUCAUCGAUGUCGAGUACCCGCCGGCAGCGCUUGCCAACACCGGAGGAACGGUGUUUGUUAUUAUGUGCAUGUUUGUUAACUUCUACGUUAAGAAUUAUAUCAACAAAGCUCGGGAGCUCCAACAGAAGAAAGCUUUCGACGAACAGAGACAGUGGCAGCAGCAACAGCACAUCAAGUCAAAUUAGGGAUGAAGAAAGAAGAUGAAAUUAACAACCGCUCAAAACGAAGAUUGUGUGAUUUUCCUAAACCCCAAUGUACAAAAACGCAAGAUAGGUAAAUAAACCGACUAUGUUGUGCAUUUAUGAUAAUAGUUCUAAGAUACAAAUAAAGUU